GACAUUAGUACCCCGCUUGUGUAAAUAUAGUUUGGUUAAGAAAGAGUUAUAAUUAUAUAUAGAAGUUAUAUAAUUUGAUAAAAUAAUAAAUAUGAAUGACUCCGAGUUGGCUUACGGAACCACAUUAUCAACUGAAUCCAUGAAAGUUAUUGCUGAAAGUAUAGGUGUAGGAUCGUUGGCUGAUGAUGUAGCUAAAGAAUUGUCAGAUGAAGUAUCUUUUAGGUUAAAAGAAAUUAUACAAGACUCUAUUAAAUUCAUGCAUCAUUCCAAACGGCAAAAAUUAUGUACAUCAGAUGUUGAUCAUGCAUUGAGGAUAAAGAAUAUAGAGCCCCAGUAUGGUUUCGUUCAACAAGACUUCACACCAUUCAGAUUUGCGUCUGGUGGUGGUCGUGAGCUUCAUUUCAUAGAGGAAAAAGAAUUAGAUAUAUCUGAUAUUUUGUCAGCUGCCGCACCAAAGUUACCACUUGAAGUGUCAUUACGUGCACAUUGGUUGUCUGUUGAUGGAGUUCAACCAACUAUUCCUGAAAAUCCUCCGCCUCAGUCUAAAGAGUCUCAAAAACUGGAUUCUGUGGACCCAGUUGCUAAAUUAUCUAAAGCUUCUGGAAAAGAUAAAGAUAUGGCUGGUAAGCCAACAACUGGAAAGUUACAAAAACUUAGAAAUGUAGAAACGGUGCAUGUAAAACAGUUGGCAACACAUGAAUUAUCUGUUGAACAGCAAUUAUAUUACAAGGAAAUAACUGAAGCUUGUGUUGGAAGUGAUGAAACUCGAAGAGCUGAAGCGUUACAAUCUUUAGCAUGUGAUCCUGGACUUCAUGAGAUGCUUCCAAGGAUGUGUACAUUUAUUGCAGAAGGUGUUAAAGUCAACGUUGUUCAAAACAAUUUGGCAUUACUAAUAUAUCUCAUGAGAAUGGUUAAGGCGCUUCUAGAUAAUCCAGCUCUUUAUCUGGAAAAAUAUCUUCAUGAAUUGAUUCCAUGUGUUUCAACAUGCAUAGUUUCUAAGCAACUAUGUAUGCGGCCUGAAUUAGACAAUCAUUGGGCUUUGAGAGAUUUUGCAGCUCGUCUUAUGGCACAAAUAUGCAAAAAUUUCAAUACAACUACAAAUACUGUGCAAACAAGAGUUACAAGAUUGUUUUGUAAAGCGUUGCAGGAUAAUAAAACUCCUUUGGCAUCUCUUUAUGGUGCAAUUGAAGGUCUUUCAGAACUGGGAAGUGAAGUUGUGAAAGUAUUUAUAAUACCAAAAAUCUUAGAAAUAUCAGAAAAAAUUGAAACUUGCUUUCAACCUAAUCAAGGUGGUCAAAACAAUGCAGACAAAAUUGCUGGUGACAGGAUAAAACAAUUAGUAACUAAAACAGCUGCCCCAGUUAUUAAAAUGAUUAGAAAUCCUCCAGACAUAGUUGAAGAAUACAAAAAUGAUUAUGGUUACUUAGGCCCUGCUCUGCAUUCAGCUGUCCACAAAGCUAGAUCUUCUGUAACUGUAGCAAAUGUAGCACCACCAACAUGCACCGGAUCUAGCGGUGUUUCUAUUAUACCUAACACACCAUGUCCUACAUCAGGAAUAAGAUCAUUGCCAUCUUCUGGAUCAUCUAAUCUUGGAAAUCUAGCUUCACCCCAAGCACCUGGUACCCCAAGAUCAGUGUUGGUUGGAAGUGGUGGUUCUGCAUCGAGUCAAAUAAUAAGAACACCUGGACAAAGUCAACAAAAAUAUGUUAUUGUGGCACAAUCAAGACCACAAACACCUUCAUCCGGAAAUGUUCAGUCUCAGACACCUACUAACACUCCUUCACCAGGUGUAGUAAAGUAUGGGUCAAAUCUUUCGAAUCAGAUUCAACAAAUGCAGCCAGUGACACAAAAUAUACAAACAGUACAAAGCCAACAAAGUCCUGCCAUUCAACAUACUCAACAACAUACUUUAGUGCAAAUGCAACAACAGGCAAAUCAAAAUACAAGCCAAAAAACACCAAAAUUAGUAAUGGUUAGUCACUCUGGACAAAGUUCUCCAUCUGUAAGCCAGGCUCCUGCAUCAGUAGUGCCCAAACCAAUCUUUAUUGGUCAAGGCAGUGCUCCUCCUCCACCUGAACUAGAUGAUCUUUCGCAUUUAGCUUAAUUUUUCCUUCAAGAAUUAAUUCCAGAU